AUUUUAUGCCUAUACAUUACUACAUUAAGGAGUACGUAAAAAUAAGCACCUUCCAUUCCACAUCAGUCUAAGAAACCCGUUAUCACUAACCUAUUCAUGUUAUUAUUACUUGCUAACAUGUUUUCGUUAAGACUCCCUAUUCCAUUAGAGAAAACUUUAAUAACUUCUUUGCCAAAGACAUCAACUACUUAUUCCGCUUAUAGCGGGAUGACUAGGUUUCAAGUUUGUCACCGAUAUUUGUCUAACUCUAUUACAAAACGAGGUACUAGUGUUGUAGCUUUUCAAGAUGAGGCGGGCGGGGAAAUUUUUGUGGAUGCUUUUCAAGAUGAGGCGGACGGGGAAAUUUUUGUGGAUGAAGAUUUUUUAGAAGUGGAUCCAUUGCCGGUAGAGUUGCAGCCGGAGCUGAUGCCGAAGCAUGUGGCAGUGAUUAUGGACGGGAAUGGGAGAUGGGCGAAGAUGAAAGGAUUGCCAACGUCCGCGGGCCAUGUAGCCGGAACACAAUCAUUCAAAAGGAUAGUGAAGUUGUGUUAUGGUUGGGGAAUAAAGGUUCUCACUGUUUUCGCAUUCUCUAUGGAUAAUUGGAUUCGGCCCAAGGUGGAAACUGAAUUCUUGUUGAACCUUUUUGAAAGAUCAAUACUUUCGCAAGUUGAAGAAUGCAAGAGGAAAGGUAUUCAAAUAUCUGUAAUUGGAGAUACAUCAAAACUCCCCAAGUCUUUGAAAAGUAUGAUAGCUAAUGCUGAGGAAACUACAAAGGAGAAUCCAAAAUUCCAACUUAUUUUGGCAGUAAGCUAUAGUGGAAAAUAUGAUGUAGUCCAAGCAUGUAAAAGUGUAGCCAAGAAAGUGCAAGAUGGGCUUCUCCAUUUGGAAGAAAUAAAUGAAAACAUAAUUGAAAAGGAACUUGAAACUAAUUGUACUGAGUUUCCUUAUCCUGAUUUACUAAUACGGACCAGUGGAGAACUUAGAGUUAGUAAUUUCUUAUUAUGGCAAUUGGCAUAUACAGAAUUUUUCUUUAAUCAAAAACUUUGGCCUGAUUUUGGGAAGGAUGAAUUUGUAGAGGCUUUAAGUUCAUUUCAAAAUCGACAGAGACGCUAUGGUGGACGACAUUAGUUAAUUCACAACCUAUAUCCUCCUAUAUGGUGGUGGGGGUGAUAUGUUCUAAUGACAAAUUUACAAAUAUUUAAAGCACAAGUUCUUCUUCUCAAACAGCGGUCGUCCCUCUCCUAAACCCUAGUUUAUUCUUUUUGUUCAUCCACCAAGGAUUUGGUUUAUUCAGAUGAUACUAAAACUUUUUCUUGGUUUUGGUUUAGGGGUCGUUUUGGCCGUAAGUCAUCUUUUUCUGAAUGGUGAUUAGAUCCCAUUGUAUGUCUUCAAAACAUACUAUAAUUUGCUUUAUAUUGUAAGUGAUUGAGUACCCCUUUGUAUUCCUUUAUAAUAUAUUGUUUGCUUAUAAAAAAAAAAAAAUCCACCAAGGAUUUCAUCCUAAAAUCACCCCUCUAAAUUGCUUUUCUUUUUCUUUUCAUUUAAAUAAGUGAUUAUUCACAUAGAUUUGCUUCUUUGUUUUUUGCUUUUUAAGUUUGUGAUCGUUUUGUGCGGCGUUUGUUUGUGGUCGUCUUGUGCGGCGUUGUGUUUAUCGUCGUUUUGUGCGGCGUUUGUUGAUUUUUUAUUUUAGUACGGUGUUUCGUGGAUUCAAAUUGACAUAUCUACAUCAACUCAUUACAUAUCUGAUGAAGACUUGGACGCCAACGUUUCAGAUUCGGGAGUAUGAAUAUUCCGGAUACUUUUAUUUUGUCAUAUUUGUAGACACUUUCAUGAUGCAGUUGUAUGCUAUUAAGGUGCUGCAAGUUUGUUUGGAGAUUUACCUUUUUUCAGUUUUUAGCAAUCUUAAUUUUGUAAUGAUCUAUUGUAAAAAAAAAUAUCUAAAGCACAAGAAUUCUUAUAUAUUGUAUACUUCUGGAUAAUAUAUAUAAAUUUUUUUAGAUUUGCUUGUUAAUAUUUGAUAUGUGAUUUUUUUUUAUUUAGUAAGUA